AUGGUCGACGCAUCGUUUAAGGCGUUCAUGUCUGUUGUGAACGUCUUCGCUGAGUUACGUGUUUCUGCUGAUUCAUACUUUGGCGAUGAGAAGAAGGUGGUGCGUGUGUACAAGGAACUGGAGAAAAGGGACCGUUUUGUCCCGGACAUCUACGUGUACAACGCCCUGAUCAAGCUGUACACGGUACUGGACAAUAAACGAGGAGUCGACAGCCUGUUUGAAUCCAUGGAGAAGCACAAAGUGCGCCCCAAUGCCAGCACACUGACGCUGUUGAUCAAGUGGAAGAUCCAGGAGCCUGACAACUACUACGACUGCCUUGACUACAUAGAUGACUUCGCCAGGAUAG